GUGGACUCUUCUGCUGCCGCACAGCCUGCGCGGUGCCCGUUAUCGCGCUCCUCCGUGAUCUGGCAAGCUCAAUUUUGCCCGGCCGUUCCACAAUCCGGGCAGGCAAACUGAUUAGCCUCAACUUCCCCAGCUCUUCCGCUCUCUCUCUCUCUCUCUCUCUCUCUCUCUCUCUCACACACACACACACACACAUAUCCGUGAGUAAAUUUUGACUGUUUUGUGUGGUCGAGAAGAUGGUGCUCACACGCGUAGAAGAGCACAAUGAGGUCUGGGCGGGAGAGGACGCGCGCAUUCUUCGAAAAUUGGCCCGUUGCAAAUGGCCUGGCGUUCCCAGCGACGCUUCCUUGAAGUUUCGUCGUCUGAACGGCGCUAUGACGAACAAGGUGUACGAGUGCAGCUGGACCGAGCUGGCGACAUCUCCAGCAGCAGCAGCAGCAGCAGCAGGAGGAGGAGGAGGAGAAGGAGGUGGUGGUGGUGUUGACGGCGGAAAGAAAAGAAUACCAGAUUCUGCGGUCGGGCCAGACGCAGCAGAAUCUGGUCGUGGAGUACAAGCAGGUGCAGGAGGAGGAGGAGGAGGAUGUCCUUGUAAAGGAAGGAGCUUCUUGGAGAAUCAAGAGACGGUGUUGAGUAGUAGUAAUAUUAAUAAUAAUAAUAAUCACAAAAAUAACGCUAAUAAUGCUUCUAAUAAUAAUAAUAAUAAUAAUAAUAAAAAGAAAGUGAUUAUUCGAAUUUAUGGUGACGAGGUAAGUAUGUUCUUUCGCCGUGAGGACGAGAUAAAGGUUUUUGAACACGUGGCAUGCGUUGGAUUAGGCCCUCGAUUGAUCUGGCGGUUCUCUCUUGGGAGAGUGGAGGAGUACCUCCACGGUCGCACGCUCUCCGCUCGGGAUCUUCGCGAUCCCCUUGUGUCCCGGCUCAUCGCCUUCCAGCUGUCCAGAUUCCACAAGAUUUCCAUGCCGGGAUCCCGACACCCCCGCAUUUGGGAGCGAUUGCGCCAGUGGCUUUCAGCCGCCUGGGACGUCGCCCCGUCAGCUCAGCGGGAGGACUGCCGCCUCGACGCUCUCGGUAAAGAGAUCGAUGAGCUGGAGCGCGCCUUCUCUGCUGCAGGACACGUGUCCGCAAGAUGGGGGGUCAGGUUCUGUCACAACGAUCUGCAGUACGGGAACGUGAUGAUGGUGAAGGGCAGGGGGCCAGCCAGGCGUGCUGACGUGGCAAGGGCAGUCCUUGCCACGACGUCAGAUGCAUCAUCAGCAGCAGAUGCAUCUGACGUGGCAGAAUCUGUGACGUUGAUCGACUACGAGUAUGCUUGCUAUAACUACGUGGCGUACGACAUCGGCAAUUUCUAUUGCGAGAUGAUGGCAGAUUACCAUUCAGGGGAGCCGCAUCGAUUGCGCUUUGAUUGGUAUCCCGACCAGACGGAGCGAUACAGAUUCGCGGGAGAUUACCUGCGAGCGCGUGCAGCACAGAGACGUGAGGAGCAGGAGGAGGAAGAGGAGAAGAAGAAGGAGGAGAGGAAGAACGACAAGGAAGAGAUGAAGGAGGAGGGGGGGGAGGAGAAGGGGGAAGGGGGAGAAUGUGCAGGUGAUGAUGCCGCAGGGAGACGGAGGCGGCAGGGAGGGAGGGAGGGAGGGAUGGGAAGGGAGGUGGAGGUGGAACGAGAAGAAAAUGGUCAUGGUGAGAGGGAUGGUGUCUAUGAUGCUGACGUGGACGAUGAGGUGCGCGAUGAAGACAUAAAGUCGCUGGCAGAAGAAGCCCACAGGUUCUCUCUCGUCAGCCAUAUCCAUUGGGCUCUGUGGGGCAUUCUGUCGGCCCGAGCGCCCAUGGAUCCUACCUUCGAUUAUUCCAGCUAUGCCUUUCAGCGAAUGGUUCGGUACUUCGCCACCAAGAAGAAGCUGCUCGCCAUGCCCACCUCAGCGUCACGGAGUCGGAAAUAAACAACUGAUCGUAAUUGUAAUUCGUAGU